AAUUAACAGUAUCACGACAGAAGGCUGUAGACAAAAUAAGAAAAGCACAGGAUCGUCAAAAAGCCUAUUAUGAAAAAAAGAAUAGAUUAGAUGCUAAAUUAGAACCCCAAAAUCUGGGUCCCUACUAUAUCCAUGAUGUACUACCUAAUGGGGUGUACAAACUACGAAUGAUCAAUG